UUUCCUUGUAACGUUGCCAGGCGCUUCAGCCUCCCUCUCUCCUCCUGCUGUCCUCUCCUGCUACCAGUUGCAGCGCCGGGGCUUCCCAUCCAGCAGCCUGACAUUGAGGGCGUCUGUUCCCCUCCUUCCCUGCUCCCUCCCUUUGCCUGGGCUCUUAUGCCAAUGAGGGAAGAGCUCGGAGGGCUCCUGACGCCAAGGAAGGAGGGAGGGAGGGAGGGAGGGAGGCAGGCAGGCGGGGCUGGGCUGAGGAGCUCUUCAGUCCCUGCGAGGCGCCGGCGGGGAGAGCAGCUGGCGCUGUCCACUGAGCCCGGGUGCUGAAGCUGGGGAUCCUGGCCCGCUCUUCGCGGAGGGCAUCGCCUGCCUCCCUGCCUCCUCUCUUCUGUCUCUCCGCCCCAGAAGCAACUUGGCCAAGGAGCUUAUCCGACGGAAAGGGAGAGAGAGCUUGAGAUCUGCCUUCCUCCUCCUCCUCCUGAAAAGCCUCCAAAGCUGGGGCUUGCCUUCCUUCCACUUCUCUCCCCUGGACUCUUUUGUUGGCUGCUUUGCCUCCUUCCUUCCUGGCAACAUUCCCCCGCCUCCCUCUUGCCUCCCUUUUGGGUCCUUUUGACUGUGGCUGCUGAAGCAGAGCCACUCAGAAGAAAAGAGGGAGAUUUAUUCUUCUGGCACCAGACAGGGACUUUUCUUCCUCUCUUUGGGGGUACACUCUUUUGGUGACUCUUCUUCCAUCAGACAGAAAGAAUCAAAAAGAUGUUUAUCUGGUGGAUAAUUGCUUCUUUCCUUGGAUGCAUUUUACUGGGUACAGAAGGAUGGCCAGCAAAAGACGGCUACGAGUUCAAACCCUACCAGCCUUUUAUACGAUUGCGUCACAAGCAAGAAAAGACUCCAGAACAUUCAAGAAAUAAAGGUACUUCUGAUUCUACACAAGGAUACGUGAGUCAUGAUAUUCAUCUCGGAUCCUGUGAAAAUAAGUACUGUGGGUUGGGUAGGCAUUGUGUUGUUAACAGAGGAACAGGACAAGCAGAAUGUGUCUGCAUGGAACACUGCAAACCACACUACAAGCCUGUAUGUGGUUCUGAUGAUGAAUUCUAUGAAAAUCACUGUGAGGUGCACCGAGCAGCCUGUCUGAAAAAGCAAAAGAUUACCAUUGUUCACAAUGAAGACUGCUUCUUCAAAGGGGACAACUGUAAGUCUGUUGACUACAAAAAGAUGAAAAAUCUUCUGCUGGAUCUACAAAACCGAAGAUAUAUGCUGCAAACAAGAGGAAGAAGUUUCGAAGAUAAAAUGGCUUUGAAGAAAUUAUUGGUGGAUCAGAUGUUUAAAUAUUAUGAUUCAGACAACAAUGGUCUCGUGGACAGCAAUGAAUUAACACAGGUAAUAAAACAGGAUGAACUUGGCAAAGAUCUCUCUGACUGUUCCCUUUUCGAUCUGUUGAAAUAUGAUGAUUAUAACAGUGACAAGCACCUAGGCCUAGAAGAAUUCUAUCGGGCAUUUCAAGUAAUUCAACUGAGUCUGCCAGAAGAUCAGAAAAUAAGCAUCACUACAGCAACAGUAGGACAAAGUGCAGUACUAAGUUGUACCAUUCAGGGAACCUUGAGACCUCCCAUCAUCUGGAAGAGGAACAAUGUUGCUCUGAACAACUUAGAUUUGGAAGACAUCAAUGAUUUUGGUGAUGAUGGGUCCCUGUAUAUUACGAAGAUUACUACAACUCACAUGGGAAAUUACAGCUGCUAUGCAGAUGGUUAUGAUAAACUCUAUCAGAUUCAUAUUCUUCAAGUGAACGUUCCACCAGUCAUACGAGUAUUUCCUGAAAGCCAAGCCAGGGAGCCAGGUGUGACAGCUAGCCUCCGAUGCCAUGCUGAGGGUAUCCCCAGUCCAGUGCUUGGUUGGUUGAAGAAUGGAAUGGAUAUAACUCCAAAGUUAUCCAAACAGUUAACUCUUCAAGCAAAUGGUAGUGAAGUCCACAUUAGUAAUGUACGUUAUGAAGAUACUGGUGCGUACACUUGUAUUGCAAAGAAUGAAGCAGGAGUGGAUGAAGACAUCUCUUCACUUUUUGUGGAGGAUUCUGCACGAAAGACUCUUGCAAACAUAUUGUGGAGAGAGGAAGGUCUGGGAAUUGGGAAUAUGUUCUAUGUAUUUUAUGAAGAUGGAAUCAAAGUGAUACAACCAGUAGAAUGUGAAUUCCAGAGACAUAUUAAACCUAGUGAAAAGCUCCUUGGAUUUCAGGAUGAAGUUUGCCCUAAAGCAGAAGGGGAUGAAAUUCAGCGGUGUGUCUGGGCAUCUGCUGCUAAUGUAAAAGACAAGUUCAUAUAUGUAACCCAACCUACCUUAGACAGAGUACUGAUUGUUGAUGUACAAUCACAGAAGGUGGUGCAGGCAGUAAAUACAGAUCCAGUUCCAGUGAAACUUCACUAUGACAGAUCACAUGAUCAAGUAUGGGUGCUUAGCUGGGGAAGCUUUGAUAAAAAAUCUCCUACAUUACAGGUGAUAACCCAGGCCAGUGGAAGUGUUUCUCAUCAUACUAUUCACACUCAACCUGUGGGGAAGCAAUUUGACAGAGUGGAUGACUUUUUCAUACCAUCAACAAACCUUCUCAUCACUCAUAUAAGGUUUGGAUUUAUUCUUCAUGAAGCUGAGCCUCUGCUCCAGAAAAUUGAUCUUGAAACCAUGUCGUACAUCAAGACAAUUAGUUUAAAGGAUUACAAUUGUGUUCCAAAGUCUCUGGCAUACACUCAUCGUGGAGGAUAUUACUUUAUCAACUGUAAGCCUGACACUACUGGAGCUGUUCCACCACAGCUAAUAGUGGACAGUGUCACCGACUCUGUUAUUGGAUAUAAUGGGGAUGUCACAGGAACUCCAUAUAUCUCUCCAGAUGGUCACUAUCUAGUCAGCAUUGAUGAUGUGAAAGGUCUCAUGAAGAUCCAGAUCAUUACAGUUAGAGGAGAAAUACAGGAUGCCUUCGACAUUCACACCAACUUGCACAUAUCUGAUGUAGCUUUUCAAGCAUCAUUUACUGAAGCCCAUCAAUAUAAUGUCUUUGGUAGCUCUACCACACAAACUGAUGUGCUCUUUGUAGAAUUGUCCUCUGGCAAGGUGAAGAUGGUGAAGAGUCUUAAGGAACCUCUUAAACCAGAUGAAUGGCCUUGGAACAGUAAGAACCGAUUAAUUGAAGGCAGUGGUCUCUUUGGUCAAUACCUGAUGACACCUUCCAAGGAAUCCUUGUUUAUACUAGAUGGACGACUGAACAAGCUAAAUUGUGAAAUCACUGAAGUUGAGAGAGGAAACACAGUAAUUUGGGUUGGAGAAGCAUAAGAACCAUAUUAGAUAACAGCUGAGUGAAUAGUUUUACAGUACAUUGCACUUAAUGUCAUUCUCUAAAAUGUCACCGUUUUCUUAAGAAAAAAGCUAGACCUUUCUGUACAUGUUGUGUGGUUGACCAAGAUGCAAUUUUGGUGAAAUAAAAAAUGCAGAAAUUGUGAGUAAACAUUCUAUGUAAUAAUGAUGACCUCUUAGGACACAUUGGCCAACUAAAUUUAUAAUAGCUGCCCUCAAUACAUGAGGAAAUGAUACCGCAUACCCUAACUACAUGAGGAUAUGCCACAUUUCAAAAUGAAGUCUUUUUAAAAGACAACAACAACAACAACAACAACAACAAUAAUAAUAAUGACAACAAUAAAACAAUAAUGUUGUUAUUAGUAUUAUUCAUGAUAGUGUAAUCGGAUUUACUGAAUUCUUAAGUUACACAAUGUGUAUAACUUUAGGUUUUCUAAACAGAAAUAUUCUGCCCUGUCCACUGUUUAAUGUUUUCGUGCCUUGAAGGGAAAUGUCUCAUAAGGAAAGAGAAGCCUGAAAAAUAUGUAAUUGUAUUCCCAUUGUGGCUACAGGCUUUCUUUUUCCCCUGAAAAGAAGCUUUUGAUAUCUCAAGUUUUUCAUCUCCAUCAAGUUGUAAAGCAUGGUUUUAAGACAAAGGGAAAAUACAUUUGCAACAUCUUGUCAUGUCAUUUUUUAUUAUCACAGUUUGAAGACAUAGUUUUUAUUGCCAGUUAUAGCAUUCUGUUAACUGCUCAUAGGACUUUGACCCUUCUUUUUGUAGCAGACUUAGGCAACGGUUUAUUGCUCCACCUGUAAAAGGGUUGCAUCAACAGGGAGUCUCGGUUCUACUAACCAGAAACAAUGUAUGUACCUACUUAUGAAAAACAUGUUUUCUCAAACCAAUACCAAGCUUCACUUACACUGGCAAGAAAACUGUUAUUUUUAAAAAGAACAAUUUCUUACUAGAGAUGCAUUUUUAAAAAUUCUGUAUAACAAUAGAACUUACACUGCAAUCCUAUACAUUUCUACUCAGAAUUCAAUGGGGCAUAUUCCUAGAUAAGUGGAUAUAGGAUUGCAGACUUUUAAAAAAAUGGAAAUUAAUAGCACAAUCCUAUACAUACCUACUCAGAAACAAAUCAUGUUGAGUUAAAUGCUUCUUAUUCCCAAGGGGGUAUAAAACUACUGCCCCUUAUGGCAGUAAGUCAUAUUGAACUCAAUGAGACUAACCACUAAGUAAAUGUGUUUAGGAUCACUUUGCUAGAUGUACAAACUUUACGUGUACAUUGUUUGUCAAAUACCUGCUUUUUGUCAAUACUUUUGAUAAAACUCAGUAAAUUUUUCUACCCCACUUCUGCCAUUAGAUGUCAAGGUAUUGUCUUUCCAUUUUGUUUCCUUUACUUUCAAAAAUUACUGCUUUAGUUUUGGACAUUGUGUCUGCAUAAACCUAUUUAGGAAUAAUAAGGGUUCUAAAAUUUAAAAUCAGUGUAACCGCUAGAUUGAGGGACAAAAUAUCUGCUUUCAACAAAAACUUUUUCUUUGGAUCUUCAAUUUUAAAAAUUGUGGUUUUGAUUAUUCUUACUCUCAUAUAAUUAAAGACCCAGGUUUAUUUAACUGAAGCAGGCAGUAAAACUGACCUCUGUUUAAUCAAUACAAUCAGAAAUGUUUCUCUAUGUUUACUCAAAUGUGUAAUGCUGCUUAGAAAUUUAAAAAUUUUCUAGCAUUGUAUUUUCUUGUGUAUAGUUAGCAUCCUGAGCUCUGAUACAGUAGAAUUUCUUUCACUGUAAAGAAACUGGCAGAUAGAUUUGGUCGAAGAAAAGAACUGACUUACAUUUACAGCUACUGAAUCCUUUUAAUAAUUCCCCCGUUGUGAACAAAAGCAAAAAACAGAACAUAAAAUCCAACAACCAUGUGAACAGUCUAUUAUUGAAUGAGUUACAAUAGUCCAUCACUUCUACAUUUUUCUUCUCUAUCUUCUACCAUGUUGAUGUUCUGUAUGUAGAAAAUGCUUGAUAAAGGAGAAUAAACCCCUUACAUUUUAAA